CUGCUUUUUGCCGAGGCCGAUGCUGCUUUGCCUCACGGUCACUCGGAUGCACGUGCACCUGUACACAGCAGAACCCGCUGCCGUUCAUCGUGCCCGUCCUCUCGCUGCGCUUCGAACAUGCCCCCGAAGGAGCAGACCCAUCAGCGUGGCGUUGGGAAUUUGUCGUGUUGGACCUUCCGUGGGACAGAAGUUGCGGAAGGGGAAGAUGCCCGUGAAUUGCCAUAGAGCCCUGGUGCCUUUAGCAAAUGCAAGGAAAAAAAUCAAACACACAGUGGCAGGACGAGUGGGAAGACGAGAAGGUGGUGGUUUUGUGAAUGAAUUCCCCCUGAGCCAGCCUGAGGAGCAAGUCCAACUUUGCAUAAAUGUCAAGCAGGUGGCGGGUUUCGGGAAAUCGACUACCUCGAUAAGCAGAUCAACAACAAACAGGAAUUCUCUCAAGGGCCUCCUACCAGUUGGACGUGCAUGGAAAAUCUCCAAUGGAAGGCUCCCAGGAGGCAUCCUGACCAGAUGCCCAAACCACCUCAGCUGGCGCCUUAUGGCGUGGAGGAACAGCGGCUCUACUCAGAGCUCCCUCCAGAUAUCUGAGCUCCUCACCCCAUCUGUAAGAGUGAGCCCAGCCACCUUACUGAGGAAACCCAUUUUUGCCGUUUGUAUUUGCGAUCUCAUUUCUUUAUUCAUGAUGACACAGCAUUAACAGCAGUAGUAUUUUAUUUCUUUUUUUCUAUAUUUCUUUUUUCUUUUUUUAGUUUUGGUUUUGACUGGACUGAAUUGAUAUACUACAUUUAUCUAAAGUGCUUUACAAUUUGCCUCUUAUUCACCACUUCAUACGCACUUCCAUGCAACAAUGGCAGCAAGCUACCAUACAAGACGCUAACCUAACCAUCAGGAGUACCUGGGGUUCAGAGUCACACUCAAGGAUUCUUUGAUAUUUGGACAAGAAGAGCUGGGGAUCAAACCACCAACUAACUAUCUGAUUAGUGGAUGACCCACUCUACUUGCUGAACCACAAUUAUUUUUUGUUUGUUUGUUUGUUUGUUUCUUUUCAUCUGCCAAUUUCAGACAACAGGACCUUAAGCUCUGCAUUGCAAAUUUCUAACUUUUACUCCUGCUUGACUUUUUAGGCUUGCCUGGAAAUGGAGAGGAACAAGUAAUCCUAAAUAGCAAUUUGGGGACAUCAGUUAUGCUAAUGAUCAACCCUGAUGAACACUCAAAUACAACAUAAAGGCGGCAUUCAUCAAGUUGCCAGCAAUUUAUGACACAUUUGUGGUGUUAAGAGGGAAAAAAAGAAGUGUAGAAAUAUGAAAAUGUCCCUGUGUGAGCCCCAAUUACUAGAUAGGAAUUGGCACCAAAUAUUAAAUAUGAUUACUUUAAGUUCCCGUUAACCUGUCAGAUCACUUCUGUUGCCUAAAAUUACAGGAUUAUUUAUAAAAAAUCCAUACACUGUUCAUCUGAUGUGGUUGUAAACACUACAAUUAAUAAUGUGAGUCAGGACUUUAAACUCAGUCAUGUGCUGCUGACAGUCACAACACAACAACAAAAAAACGUGCCAUUGUCCAAAUACAUAUGGAGUGCACUGCAAUUAUUAUUGUUGUGUUCAUUUUCUUUCUUGCUGCCAUAAUUUUUCACCAUCUGCUGGAAAAAUUUGGUUUUUAAACAUGGGGCCUUGUAUGAUCACACAAAUUAGGACAACAUGUCGGUAAUGAGCACUGGUGGAAGUCCAAAUUCAAUCAACACGGAAGUAUGGCAAGUAUGUGUAAUCCACGUCCAAUCUGAUGAGAUUUUACUUAGGUUAAUCAUAUCGUAUCAAACUAAACCUCAUGGCACAACCAUGCCUUGCCAAAUUCACAUCAGUAGGCAUGUAUUCCAAAUGAUCUUGAUACACUUUACUAGAUAUCCAAUGUAAUUUAAGGGGAAGAAAGGAAAUAAGAAAUGCUGUAAAUUUUUAUUUUUCACACUGGUCCUAUGCAGCAUUCUGAGAGAAACUCAAAGGCUAGGGAUGUGACUCUCACUGGGCCCUUGUGCUAAAAAUUUAUUUAUUCAUGGAACUGUAAACUGCUUUAAACUGUAAACAGCAAUGAUGUCCAGAUAAUUAGGAUGGUAUUAUACAGCUCUUGUUUUUGACCCAAAAGGUCUAGCACUCCUUCGCACACACUGUUCGCUAGUGUCUUCCAAAAUCAUUACAGAUUCUGUUCUGCCACUUCUAUGGUUAAGGUUUGGUCAGGUUAAGGCAACAAAAACUACUUGGUUAAAGUUUGGGAAAUGGUUAAAAAAAAAAAAAAACUAUAAUAUGAAAAUAUUGACUCUUCCCAUAUCAAAGACACAAACUUGUUGACCCAACCACCCACGUAACCUCUUCCCUACAAUUAAAAGUUCUGCGCUGCAAUAACAUCGUCAUGCUACUUCUGCCUUUAUUCUUGACAGACAAGAGUUAUUCACGCCGUGACAAGAGGUGGCUUGUCUGGAAACCAAAAACAUAGGUUGUUUUGAGUGGCCAAUGCUGGGAUUCAAUCUUCAAUCUGUUAAUUAGACAUUUAAUUACAACUAUUGGGAGGUACUUGGGAUUUCCCAUGUUUCCUUAUCCUCCUUCUGCCUUUUAAGACACACGUUAACACGCUGCAUCUACUGUAUAUUUAUCUGAAACAUAAAAUUUGGAGAGAUGCAAGAGACACUUCUUGGCAUAGUUUCAAGUUGUAUGAGAUGUCUGUUUCGCUUGGCAGGAAUCAGUUGUUACUCUGUUGUUUUCUUGUGAAGAAAAUAAAACUUUUCCUUCUGAAGCUUGUUUGAAAAAAAAGAUACCAAAAUGUUUAAGUCCCCGGAGGCAAGCUUGGAGAGAUACCUUUAACCAGAAACCUGCCUGUCAGUUGAACAUCUUUGAUGCUUUUUUUCUUUCCUUUUUUUUUGUUAAAAAGCUGCUGGAUUUCCCCCAUUGACUGAUUAUUGUCAGAAAAUCUAGGCCGGAUCUUCUUUUGUCAGACAAAUCACUGCAGGCGUUUCCCCUGCUGUACAUCAGCUGC